UUUUGUGUGUGGCCGGGUAUCCAGGUCACAUUCAAUGGCUCAUGGAAAUCCCACAUCCGCACCUAUCUCCGCACACCCGCCAAAACCAUCUCCUCCGUUCACAUCGCCCUCGAUUUCAUCCGUCCCGUUACGCUGUGCGCAGGACAGUCCCAGACCCGGAAGCAAAGCAGCAGGCGGCGGCGCUACGCGGAGAAUUUCACCGGCGAAGGAUCCAAGAAAGAACCAAUAUAGUUUUGCAAUAUCUGGAAAUGGGAACUAAUGGACUUCUUCACAGUCAGCAACAAGAUUUAGUUCUUUCCUCUGCAUAUGAAGCAGCUAUGGAAGCCCUUUCCUCUCUAAUCACUCAACGUAAACGUGGAAAUGGAUCAAAGAGGACUGAAAAAUUUGAUCAGAUGUUUAGGUAUCUUCAGGCUUUAGGUUUGGAGCAACGUUUGGCUGGUCUUAAGAUUAUCCACAUUGCUGGAACAAAGGGAAAGGGUUCAACGUGCACUUUUUCUGAGGCUAUUUUACGGGAAUGUGGUCUUCAGACUGGUCUUUUCACUUCUCCACACCUGAUGGAUGUAAGAGAAAGAUACCGAAUUAAUGGGUCUGAUAUAUCAAGAGAAAAAUUUCUACUGCAUUUCUGGGAAUGCUGGCACCAAUUAAAGGCAAAAUGUGUAAAGGAUCUACCAAUGCCUACACUGUUUCAGUUCCUUACUCUCCUGGCAUUUAAGAUAUUCUUAUCUGAAAAGGUUGAUGUUGCUAUUCUUGAAGUUGGGCUAGGUGGGAGGUUUGACUCGACUAAUGUGGUUAAAGAGCCUGUUGUUACUGGCAUCACCUCACUGGGGAUGGAUCAUAUGGAGAUCUUAGGAGAUACUAUUGAAAAAAUUGCUUUCGAAAAGGCUGGGAUUUUUAAGCCCCACGUUCCUGCAUUCACAGUGCCCCAAAAAUCCGAGGCAAUGUCAGUUCUUCAUGACAGAGCCUCCAAAUUAAUGAUUCCAUUAGACGUGGCACCACCUCUAAGCUCAAAAACAUUAAAUGGACUACAUCUUGGAUUGGCUGGAGAUCACCAGUUCACCAAUGCUGGUCUUGCAGUUGCUCUUUGUAGGUGUUGGUUAAAAAGAACAGGGCAUCUUAGUUCCUUUCUAAAUGAAAACUGGGAUGGGGGUUUGCCAGAACCAUUUCUAAGAGGCCUUUCUGCUGCCCGUCUUUCUGGAAGAGCUCAAAUAUUCCAUGAUGAACUAGAUUCUGAGGAGCCUGAAAUUAAAAGUAGUUCUGGUGAUUUGAUUUUUUACUUGGAUGGUGCCCAUAGUCCAGAAAGCAUGGAAGCUUGUGCAAAAUGGUUUUCUAAUGUUGCAAGUGAUGUUCGACAUUCUUCUCAUGAAAACGGUCAUAUUGAGAGAAAAAACUUCCAAAAGAACUUGACAAAUGAGAACUGUUACAAUGUAGCAGACAAAGUUUCAAAGAAGAUUCUUUUGUUCAACUGCAUGGAAGUAAGAGAUCCCCAUCUGCUAUUUCCUCAGCUGAUUAAUACUUGCGCUUCAAAAGGUGUCCAUUUUUCAAAAGCUCUUUUUGUCCCUAGCAUGUCAACAUAUCACAAGGUUGAUUCUGGGGCAUCAACAAUUUCAUCUGAUAUUUCUCAGGAUGUGUCUUGGCAAUACAACCUUCAAAGAAUCUGGGAGAAAUUAAUCUAUGGAAAAAGAGAUGCUACUGUUGAUAGCUGCUUAAAUUCUGAGAAAUCGACAAGCUUGUCAUCUUUGGGAUUGCUUUCUGGAGAUCCUUCUCAAAAAUCUGAUCCAGCAAAUCAAAAGGUCACUAACAGCGCAGUCAUUCCAUCGUUGCCGUUGACAUUAAAAUUUUUGAGGGAUUGUGUGAGAGAAAACCCUACUCUUCAGCUUCAGGUUCUGGUGACUGGAUCCUUGCAUCUAGUGGGUGAUGUAUUGAGGCUUCUGAAGAGAUGAUUGGAAUGAUCAUCCUAAAGCUAUCCCUUCUGAACAUUUAUGUAAGUUGGCACCUUCCAAAUUUCUCAGUAUCACAGCAUGAGUAAUUCUGCACCUGUUCAUGGAUGGCAGAUUGGUAAUUAAUUGCUUGUUCCAAUAAAUUAAAUGAUUAUUCUUCUUAUUUUUCUGUAAUGUAUGACUCAAUUUCUUAGAGGGAUCAGAUGAUGCCCACACUACUCAGUAUGAUUUCUUUUACUCUGUGAGGAUGUAGUAACAUUCAUUUGAAAGGAUUUAAAUUUCUCUAUGAUUGAUUAACAAUUUGUAUACAUUCUAUUAUGCUUAUUGUUCUAAAUGUAUAUCAUAAAUCAAAUAUUAUGAAGUUGGGCAA